AUGGCGCAAAUUCAGUGCCAAACAAACUUUCACAGUAUUUUCAAGAAAGAUCUUUCUUUGAAAUGCAAAAUCCUACAACCAUCUAAUGUACUUUACGUUAACAGAAGAAGAGGAUUUACAUUACAAUGUAGUUCAUCAUUUCCAGUGUCAUUAACAAGUAGGGAAGAAGAAGUGGGAUUGAAGCAUAAUGUGGAAGUUGGAAAUGUUGGAAAAGAAAGAGUAGAUUAUGAAGUUGACUGUUUUGCGAAUGAGAAUGGUUGGAAAGUGAGAAGAAUAAUUGAGACUAAAGAAGAGAUGAGGAAAGUUGCUGCAAUUCAAGCUGAAGCCUUUCAUAAACCUACUUUUUUUGACUUCUUUAAGGCAAAACUACUUUCAGGACUUGUUAACAGACUAAGGAAUUCAACACCAGACAGGUAUGCGUGUUUAGUUGCGGAGCACAAUUCUGAUGUGGAACAAGAUAUUGUAGGCGUCGUUUUUGCUACAGUUUUAAGAGAUAAAGAUGUUCUUCACUACUUUCCUGGAGCUGAGGAAUAUCUCUACAUUUCUGGAAUAGCUGUAUUGAACAAAUUCAGGAGGCAGAAAGUUGCAACUGCUUUGCUUAAGGCCUGUGAUGUGCUUGCAAGAAUUUGGGGUUUCGAUUAUCUAGUCCUAAGGGCAUAUGAGGAUGAUUUUGGUGCUCGACAAUUGUAUACAAAUGCAGGUUACAUAGUAGUUUCAAGUGAUCCUCUAUGGAAUUCUACGUUGAUUGGUCGAAGAAGACGAGUUCUUAUGGUUAAACAGAGUUACGUGACUGCUCUGCUGUUCUGA